UUGCCCAAUAGAUUAAAGAUUACAGCAACAAAAUAGAUUAAAGAUUACAGCAACAAAAAUAAUCCUCUGAUAAAACAUUUCACCAGUGGGACACUACGGAGAAGCAGCCUGAGCUCUUUAGAUUCCGAAUAUCCGCAAACAUGGAUUUUAUAUUUUCCUUGGCAACAUCUUCUGUCCUGGUGUUAACAGUUAUAUAUAUUUUAAACAUUUUAAGAAAUCGGAUGAAUAAUUUUCCCCCUGGGCCCAAAUGCUGGCCCCUGGUUGGAAACGUAUUCAGCAUAGACUUGAAAAAGCCUCAACGGACUUACAUAGAGCUGUCUAAAAAAUAUGGCCCGGUGUUCAGUGUCCAGAUUGGCAGGAAGAAAAUGGUGAUUUUGGUUGGAUAUGAAAUGGUAAAAGAUGCUCUUGUUAACUAUGCUGAGGAGUUUGGGGGGAGAGCCUAUAUGCCAGUUACUAAGAAUUUAGAAAAGGGACUGGGCAUCACCUUUUCAAAUGGUGAAAACUGGAAAACAAUGAGGAGAUUUACAAUCGCAACUCUGAAAGAUUUUGGGAUGGGCAAAAGCACCACAGAAGAGAGAAUCGUUGAGGAAUGCAGUUACCUGAUUCAACAUUUUGCAUCUUUUAAAGGGAAGCCAUUUGAUAACUCCAUCAUAUUAACUGCAUCAGUGGCCAACAUCAUUGUGACAAUAUUACUGGGACAUCGCAUGGAUUAUGAAGACCCAGAAUUGCUCAGACUUAUUCAUUUGAGCACUGAAUAUGUUAGACUUCUAGGAACUCCCAUGGUUACGAUUUACAAUAUGUUCCCUGUCUUUGGAUUUCUACCUGGAUACCACAAAACCAUUGUGAAGAAUAUAGAAGAAAUGUAUGGCUUUAUUAGGAGCACAUUUGUGGAACAUCUAAAAAACUUAGAUGUAAAUGAUCAGAGGAGUUUGAUUGAUGUGUUUCUCAUACAACAAAAAGAGGAAGCAGAACAUUCACAUUCAUACUUUCAUAAUGAAAAUUUGAUCAGACUUGUAAGGAAUUUGUUUACAGCAGGAAUGGAAACAACAUCUACUACCCUCCGAUGGGCUCUGCUUUUGAUGAUAAAAUAUCCAGAUAUUCAGGAAAAGGUCCACAAUGAGAUAUCAAGAGUAAUCGGAUCAGUGCACCCUAACUACAGCCACCGCACCCUAAUGCCCUUCACGAAUGCUGUUAUUCAUGAAAUUCAAAGAUUUGCUGAUAUAGUUCCACUCAAUGUUCCACAUGAAACAACCAGCGAUGUGCACUUCAAAGGAUAUUUUAUUCCAAAAGGGACCUAUAUAAUCCCUUUGCUGUCUUCUGUUCUGAAAGAUAAGACUCAGUUUGAGACACCCGAACAGUUCAACCCAAAUCAUUUCCUUGAUUCAGAAGGGAAUUUUCUAAAGAAAGAAGCCUUUAUGCCAUUUUCAGCAGGUCGCAGAGGUUGCGCAGGAGAGACAUUGGCAAGAAUGGAGCUUUUCAUAUUUUUCACAAGUCUUCUACAGAGAUUUUCCUUCCGGCUCCCGCCCGGCGUCACCAACAUUGAUUUAUCUUCAGAAGUGGGAUUCACAAACGUGCCGCUGGAAUGCAUGGUCUGCGCCAUUCCACGGGCCUGAAGGAAAGAUCAACAUUCAAUAUGUUAAAAGCUGGAGCAAUUUAACUUCCGAUCUUUUAGAAAAUAAUGAUUAUAAAUAAUUAUUCUCAUUGUAAGGAUGUAGAAUAAAUGGUGACUUUACACUAAAAACAAAGUAAUUAUCUAAAUAAGCUACAUAAGUUCAUGGUGAUGGAUAAACCGUUAUAUUUUACAUGUUAAAAAUAUUUUUAGUUGCCUUAAGGCAGAGGUUCCCAACCAGUGUGUAACAGUAGCUGGUGGUGUAGAGGGGCAGCAGGGACACCCACC